AUGCUCAGUCCACCUAGCACUAACUUGGCGGCAUAUGCGGUCUCAAUCACAAAUGGCUUUCUUCCAGACGAGCACCCACUCCUACAACUCACCGACGACUAUUACCUUCCAUGGGAGUCGGUAAUAGGUCAACUUCCGCAACUCCUGGAUUCCAACACACUAAGAACGACAGUCGAUAAACUUCCAGUGCUCUCUACAUCACAUCUCCAGACUGAACCAGAAUGGCGGCGAGCCUACCUCAUCCUCUCCUUUUUCACUCACGCAUAUAUCUGGGAAGCUGGUGGACCAUCAGAUCAUCUGCCACCAUGUAUAUCUAUCCCUAUGCUCAAAGUAGCCGCCCACCUAGCUCUCCCCCCAACAGCGACCUACGCAGCACUCAACCUCUGGAACUUCGCUCCCCUCGAUCACAAUGUCUCCCUUUCCAACAUUGACAACUUACGCACACUUAAUACAUUCACUGGUACUGCUGACGAAAGCUGGUUCUACCUCGUCUCCGUCGCCAUAGAAUCCCACGGUGCUUCAUUAAUUUCAACAAUGCUACGAGCAAUCGAAGCGUGUUCUACUUCCAAUACCUCUUUGGUACUCUCUUCUCUGACUUCAUUCACCUGCACAGUGCGUGAGCUCGGUGUUAUCCUGAAGCGCAUGAAUGAAGGUUGUGAUCCUCUGGUUUUCUACAACAAAAUCCGUCCUUUCCUAGCAGGAAGCAAGAACAUGGCUGUCGCUGGCUUGCCAAACGGAGUCUUCUACGACGAAGGCGAUGGAAAAGGCGAAUGGAGAAUGUUCAGCGGCGGCAGUAACGCUCAAAGCUCUCUCAUCCAAUUCUUCGACGUGGUAUUAGGCGUCGAACACGCUUCCAAACCUGGUACUACCUCAAAGAGCGGCUUUCUCAAGGAAAUGCGCGCCUAUAUGCCCGGCCCCCACGCCACCUUCCUCAACUCCCUCCCCACACCCUCACCCAUCCGCGAAUUCUGCAACGCCUCACCAAUCGCCGAACUCGUCGAAGCAUACAACCUCGCAGUCAAAGAACUUGCUGCAUUUAGAGACAUCCAUAUCCAAAUCGUGACACGAUAUAUCAUCCGUCCGGCGCGCAUGCAGCAGGGUGAACGGGGAGGCAAGGGAUUGAAUUUGGCAGUUGCGAGUAAUGGGUUGGAGAAGGGGCUGUGUGGGACAGGUGGUACAGAGCUACUCCCAUUCUUGAAGGGAAGUCGGGAUGAAACUAAGGACGCUGCGUUAGGUUAA